AUGGCGCAAAAGGGCUCAUCCACCCAGCCAAUCCCCCUAGAUCCCCUUCAGCAAGGCGGUGGCAGUAGCUCCUCCACUCAUUUAACGCGCCCCAACACUCCUGGAGACAGUGGCGAAGGUCCCUCUGCGCAAAACAGGCCCCCCGUGACCCAUGUAAGCCCCGAGGGCGUCUCUUUGAGUUUGACCAGAGUCACCAGACCAAGCUCUCUCAACCUCCCUCCCAUCUCUACCACUGGAGACAACAACAGCACAGGCAACGCCUCUUCGGUCCCAAGGACCACCUUUCCUCAUGCCACCCCAAAUGGAGAGCCCGACUCUUCCGUCCAGUCAACUCCUUUGAGCCCUGGAACCGCGCGUUCGAAUGAAAAGGGCAGCGUGGGCGACGGCAUUUUCAUCUACACAACUUCUCCCAUUAGUGCUCAACCAAGCGCUCCCAGCAUCCCUUCCAGCCCCCUUACGGACAACAGCAACAACGGUGGUAACGACCGCCUACCACCCCAAAGAGAUUCCGAAAAAGCCCAUCUCAGUCAACCCCCCAGUGGCAAACGGCAAAGACUUUCCAUUAAUCCGACCCCCCCGGAGACCCCUAGCGGGCUGAAACCCGUGGCGGCAGACGCACCCCAUGGCAGGGUAAACAGCGUGUCGGCCUCCAUCCGGCCCGAUGUGCCGUAUGAAAAACGCCUGUUCACCUACACUGUCCAGUCAUGCGACAAAGAGCCUGGAUUCAAGAUCUUCGGCAAUCUUCAAAUGCUGAACAUUUUUCGCCUGCAGAACGAGUUGGAAAUACUUAAGCAGAAGUUCUACAGGGAACAGCAGGCCAGAAGCGACGAUACCAAGGAGCUGACCGUCCUGCUUCAUAACUAUGCGAAUGCGAUCCGCGACUACGAGGACCUUCAAAAACUGGCGCCCAUCACCGGGUCACAAGUCGAAGACACAAAGUUCAGCUUGGCUCAAGCCUUCAAAUCGGAGUAUUCCACCCUCAUCCAGGAAGGAGAGGGUGGCUUCCGGCGGUUUCCCGACCCGACGCUGCUUUCGACUGACCCCCUACGCAACUUCCUGAAACGGCACCUUCACCGGCGGUUCACGUACACGCCGGGCGACAAAUACAAACACGCUCGCGAGUAUUACGCUGGGGAUCCGCCCGAAGACGUAUCUCCAGGCGUGGACCGCCUGGCCCGUUUCCUAGUCGCCAUUCUUGGUGUUGGCAUGCUAGUUACCCCUAUGUUUAUUAUGAGACUUCCUGAUGUGUCGCUGCUUAAGAGCCUUGUGACUGUUUCGGUGGCGGAGCUAAUAUUUGCGGGCGGGUUGUCAAUGAUAUUCCGGGCGACAAACACCGAGACCCUGGUUGCUACCGCGACGUACGCUGCGGUUUUGAUGGUUUUUGUGGGUGUGACGAAUUGA